GGUUGUUUGUACUACAGACCGGUACCGGAGAGCGGGAGCAGCGGGAGCAGCAUGCCGCCUCGGACGCCGCGCGCGGGGAAACCCAAACUGUUUAAAGUGCGGAUAUCCGGACGGGCUGAGAAAUUCGGAGUAGCCGCGUUUACACUGAAGGAGCUGAUCCAGAAGGGAAGCGAAUUAUUUAAGGUCUCUGGCUGUAAGCAGAAGCUGCAGUGUUGUCUGUAUGAGGACGGGACGCGGAUAACGGAGGAUUAUUUUCAGUAUGUUCCGGAGAACACUGAGGUCCUGCUGAUCUCUGAGGGUCAGAGCCGGAGCGGCUUGCUGUAUGAUAUCAGGCAGGUUCUGGGUUCAGACCGUCACUCAGACGAGCUCAUCAGCGCGGCGAAGCGUCUGCUGACGGACGACGGCGAGGAGCUUCCAGCUAAGAGGAGGAAACUGCUGGGAGAUCUGCUGAACAACCUGACGGACAGCGCCGAGCUGGAGAACCGCACCCAGGACCAGGACUGGUUUCAGGGUAUUGAUUCGAGGUUUAAGACUAAAUCUGCGUAUAUGAGAUUUAACUGUGAACAGAGGAUACGAGGCUACCUGAAGGAGGUGGACGGGCACGCUCAGAGUAUAGUGAGUGUGAGGGAGAGGGAGAAGUAUAAGAAGCUGGUGGUGAAUCUGGUGGAACGGCUGAAAUCUGACCGUUAUAACGGCCGUUACUUCGACCGGACGGAGCAGCAGCAGCACCGCCUCUGUACCGACGACGGGUGGUUCACCUGCCAGGGAGCGUUUGAUGAGCAGAAUUGUGAAUCUCUUCAUUCAAUAAAUCCUUACGGCAACCGAGAGAGCAGAAUACUCUUCAGCACCUGGAACCUGGACCACAGGAUUGAGAAGAAGAGGGCGGUUCUGCCGGCGCUGGUUGAAACUCUUCAUGGUCAGAAGAUCAGCAGCAUUAAUUUGGAUUAUUUCUACAGGCUGCUGUUCACACGCACCAACCUCAAACUGGUUCACAUCGUCUGCCACAAGAAAGGAGCUCACAACUUAUCCUGUGACCCUUGCCAGCUCUAUAACCACGGUAAAAACACCUGAACCUCACCUGUGCAGCCAGGGGGCGGGGCUUAUCAUCAGCGUUACCUGCAGGAGCAGUAAUUAACUUUCACUUUUUAUUUUUCUCUCAAGUGUUUUUAUGUUAUUUUCCAUUGUUUUGUUAAAUCAGUGUUUUUUUUAUUUUAAAUGACAGGGAAUAUAUUUUUAUAAUUAUUUUAUUUUUAUAUAUUUUUUAAAAGUAAAAUUUAAAGAGGUAUACACUGAUAAUGAGAACUUGAACCACAAAACUCAAAAAUACCCUUUUCACUCUCAGGUUUUUGGUAUAAUAAUGUUUAAUAACUUUUUAUUUAACUAAAUUAACCCUUUAAAUCAGGGCUGGUGCCUAAAGCACAAAUGCAUUGUCGUCCUUCCCAUACAAUAAUUUUAAUACAUCAAAUUCUGCCAUUUUACCUAAGUUUAACAUCUCAUUAUCCCAAAAUUCUAUAGUAAUAUCACCUGAUACUUAAAUCAUUGUUGGUUUCAUUUGAUUACAGUUUGAUUUGCUGAUUUUAUAAAACUCCAAACUCACAAAAUUAGGCAAUUUUCUAAUUAAUCUAAUUACAUUUUUACACUAUUAUUACCUGAAACAUAAAUUAUCAAUACUUUUCCUUUAAUUAAUAAGUGUUUCCUUUUUUUUUUUUAAGACUUCAGUAAUGUCAUUUAAUCAGAGUCUAAUUUCUGGUCUAAAUACAACCAAAUAGGUGUUUUAUUUCUUUCAAAUUUUUUUUUCUUUUUUUAAUUUUUCAAAAUCACUGGAACAGCAUCCUCCUACAGUAAUAUAACUUUAUUUUUUUUAAUCAUGAUUAAUACUAUGCAAAAUGUUUUGUUAAAAGUCUUCAGUGUAUUUAUUUAACAGCAGCUUGAUGUAGCGCAGCUUUCUCCCCCAGCUCUGCUGUGCACGCGCACUACCGUAAUACACAGUUUAGACGCACACUCAAACUUUAACACUGAUUCUUUUGAUUCUUCUUUUUUCCAGCAAAUACAUAUAUUUUUGAUUAUAUCUAUUAACAUGCUUUAUAUAUUUUUUUUUAUUUUAAAUAUGUUAUGAUUACUAUUAUGAUUUUUCACGAGCCUGAUUUUUAGGUGCAGUUGUGUGUGAUCCUCGUGAACGGAGUGUUCGUUAUGAAAUGUGUCUACAGUUUAGAUCACUUAUGAAAACAUUACCUUUUCAUUGCAUAUAUUAAUCAGGGAUUCUCCAGAUAUUGUAAAACUGAAAUGAUCUGUGAAAUGACAAUAUUAAUUUAGUGAAAUGUUAAAAAAGACUGAUUCACUUAUUCCUGACAAUCACUAAUUUAUAUAUGUUUAUAUUU